UCGCACCGUCGCAUCCAAGAAGAGGAGGGGGAGGAAGAUGACGGUGGGCAUGAUCAACGCGAACCCGGUGGUGCACGAGCGGCCGGAGCGCACCGCGCACCCCCACGCCGCCGACACGCUCGACGCACUUGACGUCUUCGAUACGGUGCGGGACAUCAAGGACCCGGAGCACCCGUACUCGCUGGAGCAGCUGAGCGUGCUCUCGCAGGAGUCCGUCUCCGUCGACGAAAAGCUCGGACGCAUCCAGAUAACCUUCACUCCAACUGUGCAGCACUGUAGUAUGGCCACAGUCAUUGGUCUGUGCCUCCGACUUAAGUUGAUGCAGAACUUCCCUCCGCAUUUUAAGGUUGACAUCAAAGUUGCUCCAGGAUCUCUUGCUAAUGAAGAAUCAGUAAACAAACAACUGAAUGACAAGGAGAGAGUUGCAGCAGCAUUGGAGAACCCCAACCUACGCCAGUUGGUUGACGAGUGCCUAUGCUCCAAUGAUCAUUGAUCCAUGCUGCGUCGCAACCUGCCUGCUGUACAGUAUUAAUCAUGCAUGUUAUAUUUUGCCCUCUAUACUGACAUUACGUUGUAUAUGGCCGUGUAUAAUCAACUGCCCCGAGCCCUUCUUUUUGCCUUUUAAGAUGUAUGCAACAGAAUGCCACCAUAGUUCGUGCGUGCCUGCUUAUGUAAUAUUAUUAUCCGAAACAAGAGACAGUAGUAUGUUGUACAAUCCUGAUCUACUGGAUCUCUGUUGAUUAUUUGUGCCAGAAAUAAAAUCUGUUCUCGUUAUGUUCA